AUGCAAAGAACCACAAACCAGACUCCUGGUGAGGGCACCAAGUUAGAAGAAGAUAUCCAAAAAGUUAUUGAUCAAAUCCACUCUCUAUCUAAUGGAGAUACACGCAGCUUCAGCUCCUCUACCACCAGAGCCGGUUUUGACUUAAACACAUAUUAUGGUGCCCUGAUGAACUUGUACAAUAUUUUUCAGCCACUGCUGAGAGAAAACUUCUUAGAUGAUCUUCCCAAAAUAACAAUUUGCAUUCUGUCCGGGAGAGAGGACUGUGGACUGGAGGCAGAGCUGACAAAGACGGUGUCUCUGGAGUUAGCGAAACCACUGCUGACUUUUUUGACAACUCUGAGGUCGCAGACAUGCCCUUCACUGACCACCGAUGAAGAGUCAGGCAGCUUCUUCAGGACCUACCUCAGGAUGGGGGAUUCAGCAGCGUUAAGUGGUUUCCAAGAAACAUUUAUAAAUAUACUGUCGAGUCUCUCUCUCUCUAAAAACUUAAUAAAUGUGUUAGGUGGACUCAUAGAUGCAACAAUAACAUACACCUUAAGGUUUGUGGCAUUAUUUAUCCAAGUACCAAUGGACUACACCAGAAUAGUUUUACAGUUUGGAAUAAAAGUCCCAGUUUUAGAUGAAAAGGAGACCUGUCAACAAGGAGACCUCCAGCAGCUCAUUAUGUGGGGAAUUAAGAACAAUGUGAGCUGGUCUUUGAGUACAUCACUGAUCGAUAUCCUCCUGGACAUCUUCCUCCCUCAAGAUCAGUCAGCAUUCAUGCAUCCAGGACCUGAAUGUCAGACUCCUCCCAGUGCUCCCUCCCAACGCAGCAUUUCAUAUGCUGAAAACAGCACUAUGAAUUAUUAUGACAACCUAUGUAAUAGCUACAAUCUGGCCACCAUCAACGACACAAUGUGUGCUGAGAUCCUCUCAAAUUCAGGAGUAGAGUCUUCCACGCCUGUGGUCACGUUUUGCGAGGCUCUAAGCUCCCUCAGCUCCAACCAAAUGAAGAAUGUGUGGAGCAACAUGUGUUAUGUUAUUCAAACACUGGCUUCUCCUCUUGUUAGCAGGUCAUCUGACUGCAGUUUUGACAACGCAGGGCCGGCCCCUGCCGCCACCCCUCUCACUAAACCUCGUCGAGUUGCCAGGGAAGCCUCCAACCUCAGACAACUUGCAUGCAACUAUAACGACUGGUUGCAAAAUAAUGUGGACCCUGUCCUUGUGUCACUGUGCAGUGACAAUGAACGUGUGGAGUUUGUGAAGCAGGUCUGUAGCAAUGCUGUAUUGAUGCGGAAGCUGCUAUCUGACAAGAUGAACAGCUGGUUGUAUGGAUACUGCGCUAACUCCUCUGCAGACCCCGGCUACAUGGUCAGUGAGUUCUGCCGGUAUGACCAGUGGCUUAACAAGUUCACAAACAUGGUGGAUACCUCCCUGCUGGCGUUCUGCAUGAGCCUCGACAGUGUCAGACUGACCAACCUCAUCUGUGAGAACACUGGCUUCUUUAUGUUUAUAAUGUCUAACCCUGAACAUUUUCAGUUCAUGCCUAACUGCACAAACGUACCUCCUCCACUGCCAAUCCCUGGCUUGGAUAUGCAGUUAGAUUUUUGUCACUACUCUGAGUGGCAUGAGAUGAAUAUUACCAAUGAUCUUUUGACAAUGUGCAUUCUCUUCGACCAGAGCACUUUCACUAAAAAGGUUUGCUCUAAUGCAACAUUUUUGGAUAAACUUCUUCUUAGCACAGAAAAUACCUGGCUUGAGGAACACUGCCGCACCUCUCUUAGCUUUCCACACCCCGAGCCUACAGAGGCCUUCAACAUUGGAAUGUGGUGUGACUACAAUACGUGGGGAGAACGACAGGUGGACGAUUCUGUGAUCGGACUUUGUUGGCAGAAUGAUCAGAGUGCUUUUCAGAAGAGUGUCUGCUGCAAACAGUCUGUGUUGGAAAAGCUGCUGCAAAAUCCUCUGAACAAAUGGCUUACAUCAGUCUGCACAGACAUGGAGGAAAUAACCGUGCCACCUCAGGUGUGCAAGUACUCUGACUGGACCCGUCCCAUCAUUGUGGACAUGACUGAGGUGGCUCUCUGUGCUGAGAUGGACCAACUUAACUUUACCUCCAAAGUCUGUGCCAAUAAUACAGUCCUACAAAACCUGUUGGCCAAUCAGGACAACACCUGGCUAAUACAGCACUGUGCCAACAACUCAAAAGACCCAGGGACAUCUUCUAAUAAAAGUGUGGAAGGCGAGACUAAACAGUGUCAGUACUCCAGCUGGAUCACAUCUCCACCAGAUGCUACACUCCUGGCUCUAUGCUGGGAGAAUGAUCAGACCAAUUUUUUCUUAUCCAUUUGCCCUAAUGACAGUCUUCUCCUGUCUCUGUCCCGUGAGCCAUGGAGCCAGUGGGUGAACAGGAUGUGUACCACCUACACCACCUAUACCAAUGCCACCACCACCAAAAACAAUAGCAACAACAACACUAGCACCACUAAGGACCCUAAUUUUUGCCUAGCAAGAAAUCUGGUGAAGGAGUUCAACUGGAGCUGCCCUACCAUCUUCGCUUCAGCCUGUCAGCCGUGUGCCACUCAGAAUAUGGUCCUGCAGACAGUAGUGCGCUGUUGGGUGGACAGCGUGCGGUCCAAGAUGGUGGAUCUGCUGACUCCACCUGUGGCUAGAGCAUUGGAGCAAGCAGUCAGCACCACUGUGGUUGUCCUGCUAUCCCUCGAGGAAGUUCAGAUCACCCAGUGGCAUGUCACCGAGACAAUACGACCAAGUGUGCUAAAAUCUGUGAUCAACUAUUUCAAGUUGGAGGACAACUCUGACAACAAGAGAGUCUUGCUACAAUGUUUUGGGACGGUGCUAAGCAGCCUGCUGCAGACGGGAAGAAACCUGCAGAACACUGACGAAAUGCUUCUCAUUAAGGCGUACUUCAAUUUAUCGCCGAGCAGCCUGAGGCCAGUGCUCAAAGAAGCUCACAAUCAUACCAUCAGACUCAUCCUUCAGUACUACGCCAGUGUCAAAGACACACUGCAGUUGCCCAAUGAGUACCUGUCCGCCAUGGUGUCAGAGAUACUGCAGACUCACCUGGUAAAAGAUGUUACUCUUUUCCCUGAGCUCGCUCCAAUGCUGACUAAAGCCAGCCCAGCUGACAUCCAAGCUUUGCCUCCCUGGCAGAGCAACAUCAAAGUUCGGGACAAAAUUAAUGACAUCUUAAAGAGCAUGACCCCGGACCAGCAGCAGGCCUUUGGAUUGUGGUACAGCAAAGCAUUGUCCCCCUCCAGCAUCACCAGAGGUCAACAGUCGCUCAUCAAGGACACAGGAAACCUGAUCGCCUACCUGCCCUUCCAGAACUUCCAACACCUCUCAGCUGCUCAGCUGCUUGAUGGGCUGGAUGUGUUGCAGAGAAACACCCUCACUCCACUAAAGCAGGAAUUCGUAGCACGCAACCUCAUCAGCACCUACAGGAACCUGACAGCUCAGGACUUUUCCAGGCUGGGUAGUAUCGCAUGCCUGGCAGACCCAGCUGAUCUCGAUGUUUAUAAAGGCACCGAGGCUUUCAGUGUGAUUCGGGAGAGUAUUAUGAGCUGCACACGUAAAGGACUCCGUUUGCCAAGUGACCUGGUUUUCAAUAUUUUACUGAACACCACCGAGCUGCAGGUCCCGUCUGUGGUCCCUGCUGAGCGCCUGGCAGAGAUCGCGCUCCUCCUGCCCUCGCUGGGCGUGACUUUCCUGCAGGGUCUCUCUACGUCUCAGCUGCUUUCUGUCCUCCCCACCCUGAACUCUAUUCCAUUCAGUCCUGCACAGGCAGCUGUAAUAGUAGACAAGCUGUCUUCAGUCAAUGGAUUUAUCCCAGACCGGCUGGGGGAGCUCGGCUCUCUCAUUGUAGGAGUGAAGACAGAGAGCUUGCUGACGCUUACAUCUGAUGAACUGCUCUCAACCCUUGUUGCUAUUUCACAACACACACAAGGUCUCUGUCUGCUUGAUAGAAAAGGCCUCCUCCUCCCUCCACAAGCCAAUGCUAUAGCCACCAAACUCUGGGGCUUCCCGGAGGUGGUCACCUGGUUGAACGAUGUAGCUCCUUUGCUCGGCUGCACACCCCUAAUCAGUGUUCUUCCGAGGAAACGUCUACUUGUGAACAGCCUCUCCAAUACAUCUACAAAACCCUGGAACACGCAGCAGGCUAAAGGAAUUUUCAGAGAGGUUCUUGAUACUAAUCCAAAUCUGAUCAAACAACAUUUCUUGAGUCUGGGAACGCUGGGGCAGGGUGUGAGCUGUGCUGUCUUAAGAGAUCGUUUUCAGGCAAAUCCGUCUCGUUCUUCAGUGAGAAGCAUCCUGGCCUUGCUCAGGCAGCAGCCUGGUCUUCUUCACACCUCACUGAAAAACUGUAUAAUCGAGGUGCUCUAUCAGUUUGAGUUCUUCUUUGAACUGCUUGAAGAUCUUGGAAGUGAAAUUGCACUUUCAAUGCCGGUGAGUGCCAUAAAAAGGUUUUCCACAGAUAUGAUGAACAGUCUCAGGAGGAUGAUUAUAGCAGGACCGCAUCACUUUCUCCUGCUGUCCCGAACAAAGCAGCUGCUGCUGGUGGAUAAAAUGGCGCAGAGGUUGGACAUGUAUACAGGCGUGUUCACGGAGGAGGAGUUCCGUUUGCUUGGCAUCAUGGCACCGUUUGUGGUAGAUGAGGUUUUUAUUCAGGUGGACCGCAGGUUCUUCGUUCAAAAUCUGGAUUUCCUCCAUGGGCUCUGCUACAGCAGCACCAAGAUGGAAAUCGUGGCUCGUAUUCUCCAAGAGCCUGCUGCCUUUGGCCCAGUGGAGAACUGGGACCAGACAACACUCAGUCAGGUGGACCGCUUUCUCUUCUUCCUGCCUCAAGACAAACUGCAGCAGAUUUCCCUGGCAUUGAUGACUCUGGAGCGAAUAGAGAAGCUGUUCAUGAGCCACCAUCAGUGGGAACGUGGGGACAUCGGGAUGCUGUGUUCAGAUGAGACUGAGAGGAAGACCAUAUUUGAAAGGCAGCAGUUUGUUCUGCAGUUUUUCCUGGGCUUCCUUAAACUAAAUUCUCAGUCAUUGACUCCAGUGGUUCCUACUUGUGAGAUUCUGCAUACAACAGCCCCCUCCGUUUGGCUCUCCAGCAGUUUGACUAGCAUGCCUUCAUCUGCCUUCUCCAACUGUCUGGAGCUGAUGGGUCACGACGCGUUUCUUGCAUCCUACCAACGCACUGAAGUGCUCAGGAGAGUCAAGCAGAUAUAUGGCCCAGUCUCAUCCUUCUCCCAGGCUUUGAUCUCUCAGCUCGGUGUAAUAGCGACACAGCUAUCAUUAGACGAGCUGAAUGCCAUUCGACUGACUGAGCGGAGAAGCAUCGCUGCUCUGGGCACAGUCAGUGACUGGAAUAGCAGACAGCUGGCCACACUGUUUUCCACCGUGUUAAACUCCACCAAGCAGAAUCCGAGCCAGCUUGACUCCAGCACUCUGGUGGCAAUGGGAUACAUUGUGUGUGGCGCUAAAGCCACAGAGCUGAGGUCUUUCAAUCCUAUAGAGCUCAGUAAGGCGCUUCUCAGGCUGGGUCGGCUGAGGCUGUCUUGCUCAGAGGAGCAGCUGCAAGCUCUUGUUGAACUGCUAACCCACAGCCUCGCUUUUGGACUCAUGAGUUCCUGGGGCACCGAUGUGUUCAUUGAGAUCGGAGUCCUGGCAGUGGGUAUCCCAGACAUGGCCAUGUCAGCGCUGGUAAAAGAGCAAAUUGAGGGAAUCGCACCUUUGGCUAUCUCAAUGAUGGCACCAAAAAAGUUUGCUGUGGUAUUCUCCCAGGAAAAGAUCGCCAUGUUCUCCUACGAGCAGGCUGUUGCAGUAACUGAUAACCAGCGCUCUGUUCUGUCAGACCUCCAGAAAACAGCUCUAGCUAUGGUGCUGACACCGUGGGACAAUAAGCUUGUAGACUUCAGAGGGAGGUCACUGGGCUUGGCGUUGAGCCACAGCCCCCUGUGUCUCUUAUUGGGACUGCUGAUGCUGCUGACCGUCCUGCUCUGCCCUGACACAUGACCUCGUUCACCCCAGCCGAAUCAGGAGAUCCCCUCAUCCACAUGAUGAUUGUCUGUCUGAGCAAUGCUGUAUUUCUUUGAAAUAAACAGCAUUUAAAGCUUUCCGUACUCUUUUUAGCAACACUGUAAUUGAUCUUGCAUAACUAUUACUUUACCAUCAACAUU